GAGGGUGUCCCGUCUGCGCUGAGCUCAGACAGACAGCAGGGAACAGCUGCAGCACUCGGUUCGCCUUGGAUCUCACUGCAUUGCCAUUUACAUUAUCAGGCGUUUCAUCCACGAAGCCCACGUCUCGCAGCUCGGCCGAGCAAACUUCUCCCCAGCUAAUCAUUAAAGAAAAUGGUGGACCGCGAGCAGCUGGUGCAGAAAGCCAGGCUGGCUGAGCAGGCUGAGAGAUAUGAUGAUAUGGCAGCAGCUAUGAAGUCGGUGACGGAGCUGAACGAGGCUCUGUCCAACGAGGAGAGGAACCUGCUGUCUGUGGCCUACAAGAAUGUGGUGGGUGCACGGCGCUCCUCCUGGAGAGUGAUCUCUAGCAUAGAGCAGAAAACAUCCGCCGACGGUAACGAGAAGAAGAUCGAGAUGGUGAGGGCCUACCGGGAGAAGAUCGAGAAAGAGCUUGAGGCGGUCUGUCAGGACGUGCUCAACCUGCUAGACAACUUCCUGAUCAAAAACUGCAGCGACACGCAACAUGAGAGCAAGGUGUUUUACCUGAAGAUGAAGGGCGACUACUACCGGUACCUGGCCGAGGUAGCCACCGGCGAGAAGAGGGCCACGGUGGUGGAGUCCUCAGAGAAGGCCUACAACGAGGCCCACGAGAUCAGCAAGGAGCACAUGCAGCCUACCCAUCCCAUCCGCCUGGGCCUGGCUCUCAACUACUCUGUGUUUUACUACGAGAUCCAGAAUGCCCCGGAGCAAGCCUGCCAUCUGGCCAAGACCGCCUUCGAUGACGCCAUCGCCGAGCUGGACACCCUCAACGAGGACUCCUACAAAGACUCCACUCUCAUCAUGCAGCUGCUCCGAGACAACUUGACACUGUGGACAAGUGACCAGCAGGAUGACGAGGGAGGGGAGGGCAACAACUAAAGGGAGGCCUCGCUUCCAAAAUAGAAAAAUAAAAAAAUUAAGAAGGGCCGGUGGACUUUGGCAGCCGCUUUUGCCGAUGAACUACCGCAGCACCAGUUCUUUAUUUUUCCAUGUGUUAAAAGAAAAGAAUCAAAAAGAGAGGUGAGAGUGGGAGGUUAAAAUCUUAGUUUAAAUAUAUAUAGAAAUAUAUAUGAUAGUUGGAAAGGGAGGGCCUCCGUCUUCUUGGUUUUCUCUUUGACAUUUGCCAAAAACCACUGAUAUGUCAGUCAAUCAGCCUGAAGUGGUUGUUGUUGGAUUGAAAUGGCAGCCUCACACUGGCAUAGGAACUGAUCUUGUUCUGUCGAGAUAAGCUGCUUACUUAGAUUUUUGCGUGAUAGAGAUGCAUUUGAUUCACUUGAGAGAGAAAAUGCUUGACUGGGGAAAUAAAAAAAAAAGCCUCACAAGAAGACUAGAUUGCAUUGGUUCCUGUAGUAGAUAUGAGGUCCAUGAAAGCUAUUAAUCAGACACUAAAACGUCAAAAAAAAAAAAAAAAAAAAGAACGGCUUACAUUCUUACAGCACUGAAUUACCGAAUUGUUAAAAAAAAGUUUAAGUAAUUAUUGCUAAUUAAGCAGAUUUUGGCAUCCUACAGAUAAAGUCUGUUGUGUUACUGGAACCAUCGAUUCUUUUUCGGAGGUGAGGGUUAUUAAAGGCAGAGACUUAACGAAACUAAUUGCUAAAAGAAAAAGACAAAAAAAAAACAAAGAUAAAAGCAGCUUCAGAGUUUGUGGUUUACUUCUGUGUUUGUUUUAUUAAAUGCACAUGCCUACUAUACUGUUUCUUCAGUGUAAGAUGACAACAACAAUAAUAUCGCUUCAAUAUUGUGCAUGCUGGUGAUGUAUUUAUAUACAGUAGCUUGACUUUAUUAACUUAUACUGUGGGUGUUAAGUAUUCAUAUGAAAACAGGCUUUGUCUGAUGUUUAUUUUUGAUUCUAAUUUAUUUUUCAAUUUUUUCUGAUUUGCUAUACCAAAAUGGUGAUCGUAAAAAUAGACCUGUAAUGGGCGUUGCUUUAGUGACAUGCAAUAUGUGUAUUUAAUUUGUUAAUGAAAGAAAAAAAUGAAUGAUUAAAAAAAAAAAAAAAUACCCACCAGUGCUUACUUAAUCUUACCAGCUGGUGUUUGUCACUUUGAAGUAUGAUUAUGAUAUAUUUUCUUUGUUGAACAGUAUUUAAAAGUACUUUUUUUUUUUUUUCUUUUCUGUCAUGCUAUCCAGAUUUAAUGAUAAUCGUGACGUUUCCAGGCUCGGUGUUUCUGUUUUGAAUCCACUACAUGGACCAUGUUUUGUUUCUGACGGUAUACUUUUCAUUUUUUAAGUUUAUUUCUUUUUAUACCUUUCAGCUGUUUCCUGAGUGACAAAAAUAUCUUGAAUGUGAGUCAUUAUGUAGCAGUUGCACAAGAAUCGGAAUAAUAGCUAUGAUAAUAAAAAAGAAUAUGACUAAAUUAUACAUGCACCAUUUCCAUGGUGGUCUAGUGUAUUGUUGUAUUGUCACCCAUGAGUACACUUUGCUUUUAGGAGGAAGCACUUCAUUCGUAGGUCGUUUUAUUGUUUUGUGUGCUUUAUUUCUGUGCCUGUAUCAUUUUAUAUGCCUCAUUUGCAAGUUAAUCUCUAGCAUUUAAAAAGGGAAUAUAUUACAAUAUUUUUAAAAUCCUGCAAGCAUGUUAAAGAUAUGCACAUCUAACACUAAUGCACACCAUUACAUUGCAGGGAGAGCAUUGAUAAUUCGGUAAAGGGUUCACCUCUUUAGAACAAACUAAAUAAGCUGCUGAACAGAUUUGUUGUCUUUAAUGCUGCUACUUCUAUAGAUAAUAUAUUCACAUGGACAGCAGUUUUUUUUAUAUUUAAUUUUCUAAUCUCUGGUUUGAUGGUUGAAAGGGGGAAACCAGAAGCCUUAAGGUCAGUAAUUCAACCUUGCUCAUGUAUGCCAAUUAUGUGUCUCCAUCAUGAGUCAGCCUGCAUGAGCUCACAGUAUGUCACAGCUGCUUUGAUUUAUUUUUAAACGUCGCAAAGUGCAGAAGGUCUCCAAAUGCUCGUUGGACAAACGGCUUGAAAAACCAAUGCUCGCACAGCGAAACGGUUUGAUUUAACUUUAUAUGGUUUCUUUUGUGAAGGUAAAUAAUGUCUGUGACUGUCAUUCAUUGCAAAGAAAAUAGACAUUUUUUGUUUUUUUUAUUUUUUGAUUGAUUUCCUAUGAUUAUUUGGCUGUUAUUCUUAGGUUUUGUCUUAAAUCCUUCUUUUAGUGACUCGGCAUCAUGCAUGUACAAGUUAUGAGGUAGUUUGAUCAAGAGGAUCUGACCUAAAGUUGAAAAUGGGAAGCAGCCUGUAUGGUUCAAGAUCUUUGUUUGAGUUGCCAUCUGUUGUCCAUUAAAGUUAUUUGUUUAUUACUA